AUGGCUGCGGCCGCGGAGCAGCUGCGGGAGCUCGGGGCCAAGCUGGGGGCGGAGCUUCCGCCCUCCGACGACGCGCUCGCCAAGCUCCUCCAGCAAGCUGCGGAAUGCUUACAUGGAAUAGAGCAGUCGCCAGGGUCCUCGGUGAUGGAAGCUAUCCAACCGUGUCUAAAUGCAGUUGCCAGAGAAGAAUUGCUGAAACAUCAGGAUGAAGAUGUCAAAGUUCUCUUAGCCAACUGCUUCUGUGAAAUCACAAGAAUAACAGCACCUGAAGCUCCAUAUAGUGACGAUGUUUUAAGGACUGUGUUUAAACUGAUUGUUGGUACAUUUGGUGGACUCAACAAUGUUAAUAGCCAUUCCUUCGGCAGGCGAGUUGCUAUUUUGGAGACAGUUGCAAGAUACCGAGCAUGUGUUGUGAUGUUAGAUCUUCAAUGUGAUGAUCUCAUCACAGACAUGUUCCGAACAUUUUUGGAAACUGUCAGGGACAAUCAUGAAACAAAUAUUGUGAAGUCAAUGCAGACAAUAAUGGGCCAUAUUAUAGAUGAAAGUGAGAAAAUACAUGAAAGCCUUCUACAUGUACUGUUAUCAGCUUUAGCCCGUAAAGAAACUGAUAUUACUUCAUCUACACGUAAGCUUGCUCGCAGUGUUAUAAAGCAAUCUACAGGAAAGCUUGAACCAUACAUAAGGAAGUUUCUCAUAUCGUCCUUGGCUGAGGACAAGAGUUCUUCAAAUGACCACUUUGAUCAUCACGAAGUCAUAUUCAAUCUAUAUCAGUGCGCUCCAAAGGUUCUUAAGGUGGUGGUGCCUUAUAUAACUGGGGAGCUACUGGCAGAUCAAGUAGAAACGAGGUCUAGAUCAGUUGAAUUGCUUGGGGAACUUUUUUCUUUACCUGAAGUCCCUGUCUUGGAAUCUUUUAAGUCUCUUUUCGUUGAGUUCCUGAAGAGGUUGACUGACAGAGUAGUAGAAAUCCGUGUUUCUGUGAUCGAGCAUUUGAAGAAAUGUUUAAUGUCAAACCAUUCCCGUCCGGAAGCUCCAGAGAUAAUAAAGGCACUUUGUGACAGAUUGUUGGAUUAUGAAGAAAAUGUAAGAAAACAAGUUGUGGCUGCUGUUUGUGAUGUAGCUUGCCAUGCAUUUGGUGCUGUUCCAGUUGAUACUAUCAAACUAGUAGCUGAGCGUGUCCGUGAUAAAUCACAUCCAGUGAAGUGUUAUACCAUGGAGAGAUUGGCUGAUAUCUACAAGAUGUAUUGCCUGAGGGGUUGUGAUAGCUCAACAAAUUCUGAUGAUUUUGAGUGGAUACCCGGAAAGAUAUUAAGAUGUCUUUAUGACAAGGAUUUUAGACCUGAGUCAGUCGAAUCAAUUUUGUGUGGUUCGUUGUUCCCACCAGAAUUUCCGAUAAAGGACAGAGUGAAACAUUGGAUAACUGCUGUCACACAUUUUGAUAAAGUUGAUAUGAAAGCUCUUGAACAGAUUCUUCUGCAAAAACAAAGACUACAACAAGAAAUGCUGAAGUACAUGUCCCUUCGGCAGAUCAGCCAGGAAGAUGCUCCUGAUCUGCAAAAAAGAAUCGUAGGAUGUUUCCGGAGCAUGUCCCGUUUGUUCACUGACACAACAAAGGCUGAGGAGUACUUGAACAAGCUUCAUCAGCUAAAAGAUGCUAAUAUCUGGAAAAUGUUCACAAGCUUGCUUGAUUGUGCAACAACAUUCAGAGAUGCUUGGUCUAUCAGGGUUGAUUUGCUCAAGUCUCUUGGUGAAAAACAUGAACUGUAUGAUUUCGUGAGCAUAUUAUCAGUGCGAUGCUCGUAUUUACUUGUUAACAAGGAAUAUGUCAAAGAGAUCCUUUCUGAAGCUUCUGAACACAAAUCUUCUGGGAAUACAAAACUCAUCUCAUCAUGCAUGAAUCUUCUGACGGCAAUAUCUAGUUUCUUCCCUUCACUUUUAUCUGGAUUUGAAGAAGAUAUCAUUGAACUUCUGAAGGAGGAUAAUGAAGUGCUCAAAGAAGGUAUUGCUCAUGUUUUGUCCAAAGCUGGUGGCAACAUUCCUGAACAACUGGCCUCAUCAAGCUCCGUUGCUCUUUUAUUAGAGCGGCUAUGUUUAGAGGGCACACGGAAGCAAGCUAAAUACUCUGUUCAUGCUCUUGCUGCUAUAACAAAAGAUGAUGGUCUGAUGGCACUAUCUGUUCUUUACAAGAGGCUUGUGGAUUUGUUGGAGGAGAAAAAAGUUCAUUUACCUUCUAUCUUGCAAUCUUUGGGGUGUAUAGCUCAGAUAGCGAUGCCAAUUUUCGAAACAAGGGGCGAAGAGAUAAUAAGUUUCAUAACUAAAAAAAUUCUUGACUGCAGUAAUGAAACUCCUGAAGUUUCUGCUGAUAAAUCUGAAUGGGGUGAUAGCUCACAUAGUUGUUUGCUAAAGAUUUAUGGCAUUAAAACCUUAGUGAAGAGCUGUGUACCUUGCAAAGAUGGUGAAGCACAUCCUGGAAUAGAAAAUUUAAUGGGUAUCCUUAAGAACAUUCUUACAUAUGGGGAUAUUUCCCCAGACAAGAUUUCUAGUGCCAGUGACAAGGCCCAUUUGAGGCUGGCAGCGGCAAAAGCUGUUCUCCGCUUAUCAAGACAAUCGGAUCAUAAAGUGCCUGUUGAUGUGUUUUAUUUGACUCUGAGGAUUUCACAGGAUGAUUUUCCUCAAAUGAGGAAAUUGUUUCUCAGUAAAGUACAUCAAUAUAUCAAGGAGAGAGCUUUGGAUGCGAAAUAUGCCUGCGCCUUCUUGAUAAGCAUUGAUGAUUAUCGUACACCACAGUACGAAGAGUUCAAGCACAACCUGAUUGAAGUGGCACAAAUAUGCCAACAAGUUAAGAUGCGUCAACUAUCUGUCCAAGCAGAUGUGAAUUUGCUGACUGCUUACCCAGAAUAUAUAAUUCCACAUUUGGUUCAUGUCCUCGCCCAUGAUCCUUCAUGUCCUAACAUUGAGGAAUAUGAGGAUGUCAAACCAUUUGGUCCAAUUUACUGGCGAUUGCAUCUGGUUCUUUCAACUCUCCUGGGAGAAGAAGGUUUGCAGUAUAGUGUACCUGGUAUGAAAAAGGAGAGCUUCAUGACAACACUAUCUAUAUUGAGAAGCAUCAAAUGUUCCAAAGACGUGGUUGAUGCAAAUAAAACCAAGACUGUACAUGCUAUAUGUGAUCUUGGUAUUCUUGUUGCAAAGAAAUUAUGUGCAGACGAGAUAAAUGCAUCUGAAUAUCAAACGGUUCCAUUGCCUGCUCAACUUUAUGUGCCAAUUCAGAAUGACGAGACUGAAAACUCUGUGGUAAAUGAUGAGCAGAAGUGGUUGGGAUGCGAGAACGUAUUGUCCCAUUUUGAGUCUCUUAUGACAGCACAUAUUGCUGAGGUUGAAUCUCCCACAGAUAAGAUGCUCAUAGAUGAGACUGACGAAUUUGGUAACGAAAUUCCCUUAGGAAAAAUUGUCCAAAUUCUUAAAUCUCGAGCAGCAAAAAAGACAGGGAGAAAACAGAAGGCAACUUCUGUUUCAGUAAAUACUGGAAAAGAUGAUGAUGUCUUGGGAUUGUUAAGAGAAAUAAACUUAGAUAACCAAGAAAAUUUGGGUGAGUCGUUAAGUAGCACACCAAAAAAGCAGCAGAUGGAUGUGAAAGAGAGCAAUGAGAAGCCAGUAGGUUUUUCGACCCCAAAGCGCAAAAGAUCAGUUUCUAAGAGUAGGCCACACUCAGCAAAAGACAGUAAAGACAGUGACGAGCUUUUAGUGCAUUCUGUCGGCAGAGAGAAAACCAAAAAUUCAGAAAACAAGUUGAAGAAGAAAAGUAUAACUGAUUCUGUUGCUACAGACUUGGUAGCAUCUCCUACCAGUACCAAAACUCCUGUAUCCAAAGGGAAAAAUGGUGCUAAGAAGUCCCAUACUGAAGUAUCGAGUAGCAGUGCAAAGAAGUCAGCUAAUAAAGACAGCACUAUGCGAACUGCUGAUCUGGCUAGCCUAAAUGGGUCCUUCAAAAGGCAGAAGCCAAGAUUGGUUUCUGGUUUAGCAAAGUGUUUGACACAUGACUCGAGCAGUACAGACUUGGUAGGACAGAGAAUAAAAGUUUGGUGGCCUUUGGAUAAGGCAUAUUAUGAAGGUGUUGUAAAAUCUUAUGACUCAGCCAAGAAAAUACAUACAGUGCUGUACGACGACGGAGAGAUUGAGCAGCUUAACAUGGCUAAAGAAAAGUGGAAAAGGAUUGAAAGUAAUGGUUCAUCUAUAAAGCAACAAAAGAAGGAUCUUCCAGGGACAAAGCAAGGACGAGCACAGGAGGCGAGAACUCCCAGCAGCACGAAAGUUCCGCCUAACCAACAUAAGUCUGUAAAGACGCCCUCACCUCUAAAGAGGAAAGUUAAACCAAAAGUGCCCCCAAAAAACAAACGUAGAAAGGCGUCAGGAGGUAACAAGUAUGUGGAAGCUAAUGAUUCAGAUGCAUCCGGUUCUCUUGCUCACUCACAUUCCGACGAAGAUGUGAAGUCCGAUGGCCAUGAGGAGAAAGAGGUAGCAGCACUUAGCUCAGCUGAGAAAGAAAGAACAGAGAAAGAGUCCAAAGAAGAUGUGGAGCUGAAAGAAGAAAAGGCUGAUGUCAAUGGUUUGAGCUCCAAGGAGGAGUCUGACGAUGAGACUCUUAGUGUCUGGAGAAAGCGCACCUUGCAAGCAACAUAGCCUUGUUGACAUGUCUUCUAGGAUGCAGAUAUCAGAGGCCAUUGUUCAGGAUUGUGGAUAUCUCAUUAAUUUGACCCUUGCAGCAGUUGACAGUUGUAAUGUAGAAAAUGUUCUUUGGGAUAGCAACAGGUUUAGUAUAGAAGGGCAGCUGGAUAGGACUUGCUUUGUACUGUUAUUAGAUGCUAGAACUUGCUGCCAACUAGCCCCUUCUGGAAGUUCGCUGGGCGUCUCCUUGAGGGUCAGAUGUUAUGUAACUUAUCUGGUUACCAUUCUUUUGCAGGAAAUAGUGGUUGAACUCAUGUAGAAAUGCUGUACCAACAAUAAACCAAUGUCGCAGUGGUUGUAUUACUGUUGUGAGAAUCCUCUUUCAGGGUCUGUUAUUCAGGAAAGACAAGUUUUGCAUGUAGAUUGAAAUGCAGUAUUUGCUUGGACCCAA